AUGGAUACAAAGGAAAUUAAGUCGACGGUGUCUAAUUUGGAGAAGUCCAGUGACGACACCACUAUUUUAAAGUUGUUGAACAUCUUGAACGAUGGGGUAAAACCAAGUGAAAAAUUAUUGAGAGAAACCAAGGUUGGUAUGGCAGUUAAUAAAUUAAGAUCAAGUAAUAACGGAGAGAUUAGCAGUUUAGUUAAGAAGAUGAUUAAGACAUGGAAAGAGGCUGUUCAGCUUGAAAAAUCAAGCAAGAAGAAGCCAUCACAACCCCAACAAUCACCAAAAGGUUCACCAACAUCAUCGGGUUCUGCCACUCCUUCAAAUAAACCAGCAGCACCAGUGGCAGCACCUAAACCUGGUUCUACUAAUAGUAAGUUCCACAGUGGACCAAGGAAUCCAAAAACUGACGGAAUUAAUACCGCAUUAUACGAUAAUUCGACAAGAAAUGCUUCAAUCGGUGCAUUAUAUACUGCAUUAGCAAUUGAAAGAGAAGAAACUGGUGAACAUAUAUUAUCAGUUGCUCGUGAAAUUGAAAGCGAGGUUUAUAAAGCAGAAUAUGCUAGUGUGAAUGAUAAUUAUAGAAAUAAAUUAAGAACUUUCACUAUGAAUUUAAGAAAUAAGAAAAAUCCAGAAUUGAGAGCAAGAUUAUUAACUAAUCAAAUAACUCCAUCUAAUUUUAUCAAAAUGUCUCCGAACGAAAUGGCACCCGAGGCUUUAAAGAAGGAAAUUGAAAAAUUACAUAAACAAAAUCUUUUUGAAGCUCAAGGUGCAACUGAAAAGAGAGCAGUUACUGAUAGAUUUACUUGUGGUAAAUGUAAACAUAAAAAAGUUAGUUAUUAUCAAAUGCAAACUAGAUCUGCUGAUGAACCUUUAACUACUUUCUGUACUUGUGAAAACUGUGGUAAUAGAUGGAAAUUUUCUUAA